GAGACGAGGAGUGAACUCCACUCACAAAGCCAGAAGAUGUCAGGGUAUUAUUCUGAGAGAGCAAAUUUGAUGAGGACACCAACUGCUUUCAGACACAUUGAGAUAAGUUUCUACUUAGUGGGAUGGGUUAUUUCAUAAAUAGUAUUCACUCAGCACGAAAAACUGCAUUUAUGAAAGCCUACCAGUCACAGAUUAAUAGGGUUCAUGUUUUUCUCCAAGAGCAGAGCUGCACACAGUGCAGGCCUGAUGUAGCCAUAUUAUGUUAAAGGAUACAGAUGGGAAGACAGUCAGCUGCAGAAUUGUAUUCAGAAGAAACAAAAGAAAGAUAUUAUAAUUAACAACAGGUGAUGGGCAGCACUACAUGAACAGCAAGUUAAGUGAAAAGACUGGCAACUCAAGAGCCACUUGUGAAUCAUCAGAACUUUUCCCUGGAUAAACUCAGUAGUAAUCGUGGGACCAACAUAAAAUCAACAAAGUAACAACGGGCCUAACACAAUCAGGAAAUCUAGGUCUCUUAAAGUGAAAAGCAAACAACCUGUCCUUCUGCCCUUUCCUGAAAUCUAAAUGUGAUGGCUGUGCUGCUCUUCCCUGUACAGCUGCUGGCAGUGGCUGUCACCAUUUACUUAGAGCUGGUGAGGUCUGUUCAAGGCGGCGCCUACUAUGGCAUCAAGCAGCUGCCACCCCAGGUGCCCCAGUACCAACCCCUUGGACAACAAGUACCCCACAUACCACUGGGCAAAGAAGGCAUCCCAAUGCAGCACAUGGGCAAGGAGAUGCCCCACAUGCAGUAUGGGAAAGAGUACCCCCACCUGCCACAGUACAUGAAGGAGGUCCCACAGAUGCCUCUGCUUGGCAAGGACAUGGCUCCCAAGAAGGAGAAAGAAAUGCCCAUGCGCAGUCUAAGGGGCGAGCAAGGUCCCCCUGGUGAGCCCGGACCAAGAGGGCCACCUGGGCCACCAGGAUUACCAGGCCACGGUGUGCCAGGAGCCAAAGGAAAACCAGGCCCACAAGGAUAUCCAGGAAUUGGGAAGCCAGGUUUGCCAGGAAUGCCGGGGAAGCCGGGGGUCAUGGGGCCCCCUGGGCCGAGAGGGGAGAUGGGGCCAAAGGGGGAGAUUGGGCCUAUGGGGAUACCCGGGCCACAAGGACCACCAGGGCCCCACGGGCUUCCUGGCAUAGGGAAAGCGGGUGCUCCAGGGCUGCAGGGACAGCCAGGGCUGAAGGGUGAGCCUGGGAUGAAGGGCCCUCCAGGAGCUCCUGGGAUCCCAGGGCCAAAAGGGGAGAAAGGCGUGGGGAUCCCAGGAUUGCCGGGGCUGAAGGGUCCGCCUGGACUGCCAGGCCCCCCUGGCCCCGUGGGGCUGCCAGGGGUUGGCAAGCCAGGCAUGGUCGGCUUCCCUGGCCCACAGGGACCCCUGGGCAAACCCGGACCCCCAGGAGAGCUGGGGCUGCAGGGGCCCCCAGGCGCCCCCGGAAUGCAAGGCCCUCCUGGCCUGCCUGGAGUCGGCAAACCAGGCCAGGAUGGCAUCCCCGGCCAGCCUGGCUUCCCGGGUGGCAAAGGGGAGCAGGGCCUGCCAGGCCUGCCAGGGCCCCCUGGCCUCCCUGGGGUUGGGAAGCCAGGCUUCCCUGGGCCCAAAGGUGAGCGCGGAGUGGGUGGCCUGCCGGGGCCCCUGGGGCCAAAGGGGGAGAAGGGGCAUGCAGGGCCACCUGGUAUGGGGGGGCCCCCAGGGGAGCCAGGCCAGCCGGGGCUGCCAGGCAUCAUGGGCCCCCCAGGGGCCGCUGGCUUCCCGGGACCCAAAGGAGAAGGUGGUGCUGUUGGGCCACCAGGACCGGUUGGUCCCAAGGGUGAACCUGGCCUGCAGGGGUUCCCGGGAAAGCCAGGCUUCCCUGGGGAAGUGGGGGCCCCAGGGCUGCGGGGGCUGCCAGGCCCCACAGGACCCAAGGGGGAGGCUGGACACAAAGGCUUGCCGGGGCUGCCGGGUGUCCCAGGGCUUAUGGGGCCGAAGGGCGAGCCAGGACUCCCCGGUGCCCAGGGUCUUCAGGGCCCCUCGGGCAUCCCGGGCAUUGCAGGACCCAGCGGUCCCAUUGGCCCCCCAGGGCUGCCAGGGGCUAAGGGGGAGCCCGGCAUGCCCGGACCCCCCGGCUUCCCUGGCGUAGGCAAGCCCGGUGCGGCGGGGCUGCAGGGACCCCCAGGGAAGCCUGGAGCACUCGGUCCCCCUGGCCAGCCCGGACUCCAGGGGCCACCCGGCCCUCCCGGGCCCCCGGGUCCCCCGGUCGUGAUCCCACCCACUCCACCGGCCGUGGGACAGUACCUGCCCGAGGUGAGGCCGGGGAUAGAGGGCCUCAAGCCCCCCUACAGCUACAAGGGCAAGAAAGGCAAGGCUGGCGGUGCCGUCUAUGAGAUGCCAGCAUUCACGGCAGAGCUCCUCACCCCCUUCCCCCGGGUCGGGGUGCCCGUGAAGUUCGAUAAGCUCCUCUACAACGGCCGGCAGAACUACAACCCCCAGACAGGGAUCUUCACCUGCGAGAUCCCCGGCAUCUACUACUUCGCUUACCACGUGCACUGUAAAGGGGCCAACGUCUGGGUGGCGCUGUUCAAGAACAACGAGCCGCUGAUGUACACCUACGACGAGUACAAGAAGGGCUUCCUGGACCAGGCUUCGGGCAGCGCCGUUGUCCCGCUGAUGCACGGAGACAAGGUUUACGUUCAGAUGCCAUCCGAGCAGGCGGCAGGACUCUAUGCCGGGCAGUACGUUCAUUCGUCUUUUUCAGGAUAUUUAUUGUAUCCCAUGUAAAACAAAAACCAGACACACACACACAGAGUCAAAACCUUUCUUCUCUACUUCAAAUUUUAUACUAUGAAAGAUGCAUUUUAUGACUGUUUCACACCAUCUUGUACAAAAAAAAAAUAAAA